AUGUGGGAACGUCCCAAAGGGACGCCGCCAGAGGCCUGGCACAGUAGUCAUGCAGGCCAUCAUGCAGCCGAAGAGCUGUCGCAUCCCUUUGAGGCGAACUUGCAGAGCAUCGCAAUUGAGGCACUGUCGCAGUCGGACCUCGACGCUGGGAAUGGUCCCUCAAGACCAGUAUGGCUAGGGCAAGCAGACCCUGCACUUCGUCCUGCGAUCGCUGGUGUGCAGCAAGUGUCAUCCAGGGGCUUGGAUGCCGAGAUGCACCAGGAUCUGCUUGAUGGAUUUCUUUCUUUUCGCGCCACCAUCACGGCCAAGCAUGAAGAAAUCUUGCGUUCCUUCGACAUGCUCACGCAGAAGAUGAAGGCUGCACCGUGCGAUGCCGGCAGCAAGCCUGGUUCGCGGAGUGUCUCGAUCUCGAUGUCGCCGUCGCAAGUGCUUCCAGCAGCGAGCACGUCAGGCAGCCACGUCAGGGAGGUGAGACCUGAUCCACCAGCAUCACCUCCUUCAAAGCUACGCGUCAAGGCGCCGGCGCAGAAGUCCAAGACGACCUCGGCUCUUUCUGCUUGCGAGGACGACAUGCCAAAUCGAAAGGCCUCCGUUAGAAGUGCUGAGGAGCCGGUGUCAGUCAAAAUGGCUGUUGUGCAGCACAAGGGCUCCGAGAAGGGCUCAGCAGACAGUGUUGGGCUUCCUGGACAACUGCCCGAAGCGCUUGCCGACGUGAAGAGCGACGAGGAGGACACCAACUUUGAUGCGGUUGUACCAGAACGCAAAGCGCGCAGAGCGAAGACUGCCAAAGAGCAUCUGCCGACGCUCUCGACAAAGCGCAGGACAUCUUGGCUGGUUCGAUCCCAGAGAGUCUCGCCGCAGCAGGAUCGCAAUGCCCCCGUAAAGCUGUCCCGCGAUGAGAAGGCGGAGGCCAAGAAGGCAGGCGAGCUUGCGCAUGGAGGUGGCGGUCUGCUAGCGAACUUUCAUGCUGAGUACUCACCAACUUUAGUUGUGAAGAACGCCGCUGUUGGUCACUCGUCUGACCUUGCGAAGCACCGAGUGAAGAACAGAUGUGCGAAGAUCGUGGUGAACCCCUGGUUCGAGCGCUUGGCGCUCACGAUGGUCAUCCUGAAUGCGGUGGAGAUGGCCAUGGAUGUGGAGCUGAACCGAAACCUCUUCGGAUAUCUGUCUGGUGCUUCCCCAGUCUUUGCAGUCACGCAGAAUGUGUUCUGCGUGUUUUUCCUGACCGAGUUGGUCCUUCGAUAUUUGGGGCAUGGUGGCCUGCGACAGUCCUUCCAAGAUGCUUGGUUGUGCUUCGAGACUCUGCUCACUCUGCUGAUGGUUCUGGAGACCUGGGUACUUCCAGCUCUGGAAGCCUUGCAAUUCACCAGCCUUUCCGCUACCGCUGCAAACACUGCGAGCUCGCUGCGCUUUGCACGAGUCCUGCGCGUCUUGCGGACUGUCCGCCUUGCAAGACUCGUGAAGUUCAUGCCAGAGUUGAUGAUCUUGAUCAAGGGCAUGAUGGUGGCGUGCCGAUCAGUCUUCUUCACCCUGCUGCUUCUGCUUAUCCUUACUGUCAUCUUCGGUAUCAACUUCAUGGAAUUCAGUCGUGGCACAGCUCUGGAAGCUCUCUACUUCGAUACGCUGUGGAACACCGUCGGUACACUGAUCCUCCACUGCAUCCUGCCCGACCAAGAGGUCUUCUUCCGCUCUGUGGCGACGGAGAAUGAACCCCUUGCCGGGUUGGUCCUGCUCUUCAUCCUUCUGGGCUCCUUCACUGUCAUGAACAUGCUCUUGGGUGUCCUAGUGGAAGCAGUCAAGACGGUGACCCUUAUCGAGCGCGAGAACCUGGAUGCGGAAGUGGCACGAAAGGUUCUGUGGAACAUGCUGGACAAGGAUGGAUCUGAGGAUGAUGAGCGCUUAAUCACUCGCCAGGAAUUUGAGGAUUUGCUCAGCAAGAAGAAGGCCGCGAAGGCGUUGGUAAGUAUCGGUGUUGAUGUGAUGGCUGCAGCAGACAUUGGCAAACUGUUGUUCGAAGAGGACGAGGCGAUCUUGUUCUUGGACUUCAUGUCUGCUAUGCUCACGCUGCGAGGCUCCAACAAGACCACCGUGAAGGACAUUGUCGAGCUCCGUAAAUGGGUUGCGGAAGAGUUCUUGAAGGUCCACUCGCUGGUGGGUGAGCUCUGUGGCUUCUUGGCAGAGCAUCUGGAACCUGCUGAAGCUCCACAAGAUUCCAUGAGGCGAGACGUGACGGCCGACUUGGAGUAA